GCGAUCUAUAUGGUGAUAGGUGUUCUGAAGUAGUUGAAUGUUUUCACGCACGCCUAAGCUUAUUGGAGUUGUCUGUAGCCAGCGCUCUACCCAAACUGCUCAGCUCGGGUCAGUUGCGCUCACUAGUUUUCCUGCAUUUAGAUGCAAUACAUCUAGGAAUACGCACACAUUUACAUAUGGAUACAAAGGAAUAUCGCAUUAUCCAAAAUCGUACGCAUGUAUAUCUAGACACACACACACACACACAUCUACCCCUCACACAACGGAUACUCUCUCCGGCCAAUUCAAGCAGUCACAGAUCGGUAAUUUAUUAGGCCUGGGCAGUUCCAAAGAGAUGUCUGAUACACUAACACCUGCGAUGCAGGAAAGCUCGCCUAAGCGAGUCAAGAUUGACACCGAUGCCGGAAGCAAUGUCGUUUCUAGUACUGUUUCUGGCGGAGAUACGGCUUCCGAUAGCGUCAAAGCAGCAGACACUACAACUGAAAAAGACAGCAACACAGAGAAUAAGGAUGUCACACCACCUACAGAGAGUUCUGAUGGCACCGGGGUCGCCGAAGACAAGAGUGGCAAGGACAAACGAGCCGAACGCAAGGACAAGUAUAAGAACGGGCGAGACAACAAGAACACCCGGGGCGGUCGAGGGGGAAGGGAUGGCAAGACGCACAGCCAGUACUCUAAUGAGAAGCACGGAUCGCGUAAUAGAGAGGCAGUGGCAGCCAGAGAGUACGAGCGCAGAGAUCACAGAGGUGAGAAUCAGCGCAAACCUAAAGAGCUGGCCGAGGGAGAGGUGGCUGUGCCCAGAAAGCCUAAGCGCAAGGUCGCAUUUCUACUGUCCUACUGCGGCACUGGAUACUACGGCAUGCAAAUCAAUGCGGGUGUGGCAACAAUCGAGGAGGAGCUGCGACAGGCGUUUGAGAAAGCGGGUGUGGUUUCGCCAGAGAACGCUGUGGACCUGAAAAAGGUACGUGGUAUGUUUAUCCUGGAAGAUUCCAUUUUAAGUGCCUUUGCACCGUCGCAUUCAACAGAAUACUCGCAGAGCGAUGAGGCAGUGUGGAGACCAUUGACCCAGCCCAUGGAAGAGGCUAAGGAUGAAUUCGAUGAGGAGAACGAGAAGGCAAUGCCUGAUGUCAGCGAUGUUGCCAAGACUACCACAGAUAAACCAGCCGAGAGCGCAACUGAAACUGCUGUAGGAGCUACCACCACUCCCCCAAUUGAAACGGAAAUGGAAACGGAAACGGAAACGGCGACCGAAGCCGUACCAGCAACUGAUAGUGAGAACGUGUCCGCACCGUAG